AUGGACCAGGAAAGUCAAAAUAAUAAAGACGUUCGAGGUAUUUCGAGUGAAGAACGAUUGUGGGAAAAGACGAUUGAACAGCAGCAUUGCCAACAAAAGCAAGAAGACGAAGACGAGGACGACAUAGAGGCGGCCAGCGGCAAGGAUAAGGGCCCGAUUAGCUACUGCCAGCAAAUAAAGGAAAGCCCUCAGCACCAACGGCUGGAAGACGAGACCAUAGUUGAGGCCCCUCUCUCACCAGUCUGCCAACACAGCGUCAAACCAUAUCAUAAGGAAAAUGAGGAUAAUGAGGAUGACGACAAGGAUGAGGACAUGCGGCCUCCAAGACGACGAAAGCGGCGCCGCAUAGAUUCUGACGCAACUGAAACCGCCACGCGCAAGAAGGUCCACACGUGCUCGUCCACUAUAGCCCAAGCCCAGACCUGCGCUACUCGAGGUUCUACAGUUUCUCGGAGUUCACCAAAUGAUGCAGAGUCAAUUCUAGGCGCGGACUACCAAGAGUAUCCUCUUCAGGGCUUUCUCAAGUGUGUGACGACUUACAACCUAGAGAUCAGGCUGCUAGAGCUUUCUCAAGUGUGUGACAACUUACAACCUAGAGUUCAGGCUGCUAGAUCUUCUUCCAGAUUCGUUCAGACCAUCAAUCGGUCUCCACAUAUCAAAUUCCACGUCUAG